AUGUCUUCCUCCUUAAGGUACGUGGAUCUUCAAUUCACUAAUCUGCAAGGUGUUCUCCCAGAGAGCCUUUUCCUUCUGCCAAACUUGGAAAAUCUCAAAUUGGGUUGGAAUUAUCUUCUCAAAGGAGUCUUACCAAAGCUCCCUUGGAGAAACACUGUGUUAAUGGAGUUGGAUAUUUCAUUCACAGGCAUCUUUGGUGAGCUGCCUGAUUCAACUGAUUUUCCACACUUCUUGAGAAAUGUAAAGACACUUGAGUUCUUGGAUAUUUCUAACAAUAAGAUUCGUGGCCAAAUCCCUAACUGGUUUAGCAACAAGAGGUGGGACUCGUUGCUGGGUCCACUACCUUCAUCCAUUUGUAACAUGAAAAAGCUUGAAGUUCUAGAUAUAUCACGCAACAACUUCAGUAACUUGAUUCCAAGUUGCUUGGGAAGCAUGGCUAAGCUAAUGGUGUUGGACUUAAGAAGGAACAAUUUCACAGGAAGUCUUCCCCCAUUAUGUGCGCAGAGAACUUCAUUGAGAACCAUUGUCUUGAAUGGUAAUCAACUUGAAGGAACUCUCCCUGUUUCCUUGCUCAACUGUCAUGGUCUAGAAGUUCUUGAUGUGGGGAACAACGCUAUAAAUGACACAUUUCCAGCUUGGCUAGGAAAACUUCAAGAACUGCAGGUCCUGGUAUUAAAGUCCAAUGUGUUCCAUGGACCUAUAAGUACUUGUCAGACUAAGUUUUUCUUUCCCAAGUUGCGAAUUUUUGAUCUUUCUCGUAAUGAAUUCAAUGGCUCACUUCCUGCAAGAGUUUUUGGAAACUUCACGGCAAUGAUUAAAUUAGAUGGUGAAGAAACAGGAGAGAUCAUAUACAUGCAAUCAGCUGAGAAUUCAUUAUACACAACGUAUGAGGAUUCAGUGGGUUUGGUAAUCAAAGGCCAGGAUAUUCAGCUAGAAAGAAUUAGCACAAUCAUGACAACCAUAGAUCUCUCAAGGAACCAUUUUGAAGGUGUCAUUCCAAAAACACUAACGGAUCUCAGCUCACUUUGGCCACUCAAUUUAUCCCAUAACAAUCUCACAGGUGAUAUUCCAAUGGAACUGGGGCAGUUGAAUAUGCUUGAAGCGUUAGAUCUCUCUUGGAAUCGACUCACUGGAAAGAUUCCGCAGGAAUUAACAAGGUCAACAUUUCUGGAAAAGUUAAACCUUUCUCAGAAUGUUCUCGUUGGACCAAUUCCUCAAGGUCCACAAUUUAACACAUUUGAAAAUGACUCGUAUGGUGGCAACCUUGAUUUAUGUGGUCCUCCUUUAUCAAAGAAAUGUGGAACAAGUGAUUCAUCGCAUGUUCCUCAACCAUUGGAGUCUGAAGAAGAUGAAGACGAGUCAUAUUUCUUUAGUGGAUUUACGUGGGAAUCAGUAGUCAUAGGCUACAGUUUUGGACUCGUUGUUGGAACUGUUGUGUGGAGCCUCAUGUUUAAAUAUCGUUCGCCAAAAUGGUUUGUGGAAUUUUUUGAUGGCAUCAUGCCUCACAAAAGAAGAAGGCCAAAGAAGAGAGCUCAGACACGACGGACUUAA